GAUGCGGGGCGCCUCGUAAGUGAUCGCUGCGCCGUAGCGCAUUGUGUUACACCCCUUGGCGGGUCGACGGGAACGCUGUCGCGUUUCACUCUUGAAGGCGAAGCUUAAGCGUCCUCCAAUUUUUUUUUCGUUUAAUGUGAAUUAGAAUAUCGGCUAUACCCGUUCGCUCUCUGAUCCAAACCGCUCUCAUCUGCCUCUUAACGUUAAUUAUGCCUAGUAUUCUUCGUAGAUCAUAUCUGAUCUACAUGUUCGGUGCACUGUGUGGGUCCUGAAUGUAGGCCGUAAAUAUUGCGAAAAUUUUCAGGCAUCGGACGGAUUCGGCUGACGGAGCCAAAGGUUGCGAAAGAGGGGGAAAAAAACCUUUGCGGGGGCUUAGUGGCUGUUGAUAAUAAGGUCUCAGGUUCGUAUCCCAGCCAUGCCGGCCGCGUUCCGUUGGGGGCAGAAUGCAAAAAAAGCGCUACUGUAUCGCACACUCUAAAAAAAUGAAGCUUCCAGGCGGCCAAAAUCAAUGCGGAGACGUAGACUGCGGAAUCAAUAAUCAUAAUCCACCGUACGCUUCGGGACGCUAAACGCUACAAUUAAAUAAAAAAAAAAAAUAGAUGUGGUGAAUUGUCAUCCACCAGUAGCUUCGUGCUAAAUGGAAGUCGAUUACGAUUGGCCUUUUUACGAAACUUUCCCCAUCUUGCGGAUUUCCUAAAAACUAAUUUAUUUGCACUAAUACAGGCUGAUGAUUUUGAUGACAAUGAUUACUUCUACCACAAUUCAAAUCGGAGUGCUGCCGUCAUAUCGUGACAGAGUUAACCUGAAUGGUUUUGGAAAGCUGAAAAAAAGCAUGCGCUGACACGGUUAUGUUGCUUCCUCCAGGGAAAGGAUGCACAUUCAAGCAGCUGUCAUUUACGGGCACGUGACCUUCGACGACAGGGGAUAUGGCGUAGUCGUACCGCCCACCUUCUGGAACUCGUCGGCGACAGCGGCACACUAUCCUUUCAAUCUGGACACGGCCCACACGGCUCUCCAAAACAUGGCGACAGAGAAGCUGGGCUACACGCAGCUCUUUCUUUCGGUCACAAUGGCCGGUCGCCUCUACAAGCCGCACAAGCACCCCGGCAUGCUGGAGAAAAAUGACGCGAUCAAGGACCCCCUUUUCGUGAGCAUCGCCCUGGCAUGCAAGAGCGACGAUUACACCUGGGGCUACCACAACACGACACCCAUGGGAGCGUAUUACCACAGCUGGAAAAGGCGUAGGACGCUCACGUACGACGACGAGGAUUCCUUUCGAGAGAAGCUGUGCAAAGGCAAGAGGCUGAUCCCGAACGUGACGUAUGGACUCGCCGCGUACGAUGCCGACCUCGACGACAGGAGCAACGCGUGCGGCCAGGGCGCCUACGCGCGACUUCGCUUCCUCAAGAAGCUCUUGCACUUCUUCAACGAGAAGUUUCGCGAAGCCAGUGAUUACGAAGGCUGUUUGCAAGUUUAGCAGGACUUUUCUUCCCGGACCGUUCCGAGACAUCACGAUGUUUGUGCCAUAAAUUACGGUGCUAUACAUAAAGAAAUACCCUUAAUAGAAUUGAGCCUUUGAACGCAUAACAUACAGCAUUGACAAAGCGAUGAUUUCGAACGGAGACAUACAUUGGUAAUAAUGCCUACGGUUCUUGCC